AAAUUGUUUCAAUCGCACGUUGGACAUCAUUUUGCGAUUGAUAAACUUCCACUCGUUGAGAAAGCAUCGAAUCUGAUCAAAGCGACGCCGGAUCAGCAGCUUCAACCGGCUUCCAGAACCAUCUCCGGUCGCCGGAGUUUUGGGGGUGCUUAUCGUGUUCCCACCGUAUUACAGUUCAAUUGGUAUAUUGUCGGGGAGUGUGUUGGAGAUGGGGUUCUUUGUAACUACCCUAAUCUUCCUAGUGGUUGGGAUUAUUGCAUCCCUUUGCGCCAGGAUCUGCUGCAACAGAGGACCCUCUGCGAAUCUGUUACAUCUGACAUUGAUUAUUACUGCCACGGUAUGCUGUUGGAUGAUGUGGGCGAUAGUGUAUUUGUCGCAGAUGAAACCUCUAAUUGUCCCGAUUUUGAACGAAUCAGAGUGAUGUAUCUAUGAGAAGCAUGUGGUAUCCUUUUGCAAAUCCAUAUUAUUGUUUGUGAAUGGAGAAAUGGAGAGUGAUAAAUAACAUUUUGGGGUAUAACCAUGCAGUACAAAGAAUCCGGUUUUUGUCAGAUUUGUAUGUAAUUUUCAGUGAUGGAGAAAACUUUAAUGUACUUUUAUCUUCUCUGAUCUUUCAUUGAUUUUUUAAGGAUUUUAUCAUAUUUGCUGUUACUUAGGAGUUAGGAGCGAAUAAGAAACUGGAGUUUGUAUCAUCAGCUUCUAUAUCUGUGUAAGCCAUUUGGGAAUGAGGAUUCAUUCUGCACAACUCAUUUUUAUGCUACCGUUUAAGGUCUGGAAAA